AUGCUCAACCUGCUCAGCAAGCUAAUCGAUCGGGGCAUUGCACGAAAGGUCAAUCGCAAGCGCCUUGCGCGUCAGCAACGCGAGGACAAUGUGCGUGAAGAAUGGGCAGAAGCCCUGGUCAGUCUGGAAACCAAGCGCGCGGGAAUGCAGUGGAUUGCCGACAACCAAAGGUCACCAAACAACCAAGACGCAAGCGCCCUCUUCAGGCUCUCGCCUGAGCUCCGAAUCGCCAUUUACGGCUAUCUUUAUGCAGGGUUGGAUGUGUUCAUCUAUGAGAUUACACCUUACCAUCUUACAGAUCUGGUCAUUCGCACUGAUCGAAGACUACGGCUGUUCUCUUUCUCAGAGACAUGCCUGCUGGCAUACCAUGAGUCUCAGGAGUACAUCUACAAACAUGCCGUUUUCUGUGUUGAGCACGCUUUCUGCGUGCGCUUACUUCCUUUCUUUGUUGCUCCUACAUGGCUCCAUACAAUACGACACCUCCGACUGCAGUUCUUGGUUGAGGGCCUCUACUCUCAGGCGUGGCCGUCUUUACUCCCUCCGCACGACGAAGCGACAUGGGAGGAAGCUUGGGAUAUCGUCUCCAACAUGAAAGGACUCCAGUUGUUGGUGGUCAAACUCAGACUCAGAGGCCGCUUCAUUGCAGAACAUGCCGAGCAGAAACUGUCCGAAUCACUGAAGAAGGUCCGCGGCGUUGACUACUACAAGUUGUCGCUGGACUGGAUACCUUCCUCCGAGGCAUUCUCUGAGUCUGACUCCACGCCAUGGCACCUUGUAAAGGUUCCAGAAUUUCCAGAUACCUCCACGGCUGGAUUCAGGUGCUCAGAUCUACUAUGA